AUGCCAAUCUGUCAAAUAUGCAAUCAACGUCAUACCACCAAUCAACCCUGCUCUGCGAUGGAACCAACAACAACAACCACAACAACCUCAACCUCUACUAUGAUUAUUCCAAAAGAAGAAGAAGAGGAUUUAGAGUCGACGGAAGAGGACAAUUAUCCUGAUCGUCAAGCUAAAGUAAAUACAAUUUUAAAUAUUGUUUUUAAAAGAUGGUCUACUACCCCUGCUAAUGCCAAGAGCAACUAUAUCGCUAUCGACAGCGUCAAAGAGUUGCUCAAGUCACAGUCCGAUGCGUUCUCUUUAAAGCCAAUGGAGAGAAUUUUCGCCAAGAUUGGCAAAUUCAGAGACGGUGAGCUGGGAUCAGAUUAG